AUGUUAAAUUUACAAUUAUUGUAUUUACUUUUUUUCUUUACAAGUUAUACAUUAUCGUCAUCUUACAAAGAGAAUAAAAUUGUUCAGGAUUUAUUAUUAUAUCCACCGGAUUCAGCCAGACUAUAUACACACAUUAAUCGUGGAAGUUAUUUUGGUUAUUCUGUAGCAACAUACAUUGGACAGUCACAACCAUCAUGUUUAGUUGGCGCACCGAAAGCAAGUCAUAGUGGUAGUAGUAAUAGUAUAAAUGAAUCAACUGGAGUUGUAUAUCGCCUUGAUAUGGAUCUUACAUUUCCAUUUUGUUCAGUUGUACCAAUUGCAACUACUGAUGAAUUAAGAAAAGAAGUUGGUACACCAACACCCGGAGUAUCUCAUUGGUUAGGUGGGACUGUGGCAGCUGCAAACAACGCUGUUGAUGGAAUACAACUUGGUUGUGAUUUUCGUUAUUUAUUGAAUUCUGACUUAUUGAAUGAAAUUCCUAAUGAUUUAACAGUUAAUUCUGUUAAUCAAUACAAAUCAUCAGUUAAAUCAAAAAGUUCACUUGGAAUUGGAAAUUGUGCUUUAUAUACUGGAACAUCUAUGCAGUAUGUUUCUGUAGAUCCUUGUCAUAGUCAAGAAGAAGGUGCAUGUCUUGCUGGAUUCAGUGCAGAUGUAAAAGCAGGUAAUCAAUCCGGUGAAGCAUUAGUUGCUUUAGGAAUGCCUGGAAGUUAUUUGACUGAGGGAAAUGUCUUUCUAGGUCGUUAUCGUGGUCGUGAAUUAAUCAAUGCAAUCCGAUUGAAAAGUUCAUCACAUGAUUUAAAGCAUAAAGGAUUUGGUUUAGGAUAUGCUAUUGCUUUAGCCAAAUUAAAUAAUGAUAAUAACAAACUUAGUGGACAACACAAAAAUUUACAAUCAGAUGACCAACAACAUUUUCAGUCAAAUAUUAACAUCAUUACAUCAAGUCCAAUGUGGAUUGAUAAUGACUAUCGUGGAAUUAUUAUGAUAUUAAAUCAAGCUAUGGAUUUAGGUGGAAUAACUUAUUUGAAAGAUAAAUGGAGUCAUGUUGGAAGUUAUUUUGGAUAUAGUCUUGCUGUCGCAGAUCUUGAUGGAAAUGGUCUAGUUGAUAUUAUUGUUGGUGCACCAUAUUUUACUCGACGCCAAAAUCAAGAAGGAUCACAAGAUACAAUAAAUUCAAAGCAAUUUAAUCAUAAUGAAGGUAUUCAAUGGUCGAAUCUUCUACCUGACAUUGGAAGAGUUUAUAUCUUUUACGGAAAUCAUUUAAAUUUAUCUAAUUUACUUAGUGACUCUAAGCAAAGACCAGAAAUCCCAGAUUAUUUCACUCAAGAUCCUGUGAUUUUAGACGGACCGAAAUCCCCUAAAGGUCGAUUCGGUCAUGCCUUAACAAAUAUUGGUGAUAUCGAUGGUGAUGGAACUGAGGAUUUAGCUGUCAGUUGUCCUUAUUGUACUGAUCCUGAUGGACGAACAGAUAAGGGAGCUGUUUUCAUUUAUUUAGGCAAGAAAGACUCCAUACUGGAUACAAAACCUUUCCAGAGUAUAUGGCCUUCUGACUUACCUAAACAAUCUCCAGUAACAAUAUGUGGCAGUACUGAUUUCACUAGUGAUUAUGCAUCAGAAAGCCCACGUUUAUUCACAGCAUUUGGUUGGAGUUUAUCUGGUUCAUAUGAUUUAGACGGGAAUCAUGCGCCUGAUCUUGUCAUUGGAGAUUAUGAAAGUGAUCAAGUUGUAAUGCUUCGAGGACGCAACACUUUAUGGUUUGAUUCACCAAUUUGGGAACUUCCAACACAACCAACCUUAUCAUGGCGAUAUAAAGAUACUUUAACUUGUGAUGAACAGUGCUAUUUUCCAAUUCAAUUAUCUGCUCGAAUUAAUGGUAAACAACAUUUAUUGAAGCAAAUUAAAGAUUGGAAACUUCGGCUAUUGAUUGAUUUGGAUUCGGAUGUUGAACAGCCUGAAAAUAAACGUCUCGCCAUACAAACAACACGAAAACAAAUGAUUUAUCAGUCAACUGAUAAAGGAAUUAUUGAUAUGCUUGUGGAAUUGAAAACGGAUGAAUUCAUAGAAGAAAACUCUAGUCGGAUAACUUUAUUUGAUUUUAUUGUUAAACCUUUAACCUCGAGAAUAAGUGCACUUUUAUGGAAACCUGUACGUAUUAAUGUAACACUAAACCCUGUACAUGAGCCAAUGUCCUUUGUUGAACACAAAUCAAUAUCAUCAUGGAUAUUGCAUCCAUUCUUGGGCAGUCGAAACUUUAUUAGUCGUUCAAUGCAAUUUGCCAAUCCAGCCUGUGGUGUUGAUAAUAUAUGUCGACCUGAUUUACAAGUUCAAAUGAUCGAUAUUUCUGAAGGUCCAACUGAUAAAUCAAUUAUUUAUUUUAGAGAACGUGUUAGUCAAAGAAAUAUUACUGUUCAUAUUGGGAAUUUGGGUGAAAAUGCUUAUUCUACUCAAUUACACAUGAUAUUUCCUGAUCAAUUGAGUUUUAGUAUGCCAGAAGGUUUAUCAUGUCAAACUGUGACAUUGAAUGAUUUGAAACAAACUCAAUUAAUUUGUAAUUUGGAUGAUCCAUUGAGUUAUACAGGAAAUGAUCAACUUUAUUCAUUCACUUUUCAAAUAAAUACAGCUGGAGCAUUUAGACAAUUAGAUGAACCAAUAAACGAUCAACCAGAAAAUAUUUCAGAUCAUGAUCCUUUAGAAAAACUAUAUUCACAUAAUUCUAAUGAUGAUAUGGAAAAGCUUGAUUCAUUAUCAAAAAUAAUCAAUAAACCAAAUCAUGAAGAUGAUAAUAAAAUGAGAACGGAUGAUUUUUUUAUACAUUCAUCGUCAGUAAGGAGGAAUAAUAAUAAUAAUAAUAAUGAUAAUAAUAAUGAUUAUGAGGAAUUACACGUUAAACCUAUGUACCAUUCAUAUCAAGUUAAACGGAAUAAACGUAAUAUUUUAUCAGUUCCUAAAGAUUUAACAAUAACAGCUGAAGUGAUAAGUGGAAAUACAGAUGACAAUAUAAAUAAUAAUAAAGCAAGUAUUACUUAUCAAUUAAAAUUGGCUGCUAAAGUUGAACUUUCAUCAUCUGCAUUGGAUCGUACAAUUAUUGAUUUUCGGAAUUUUUCUGUACAACCAUAUGAGAUGCAAAGAAUCCAUCCAGAAACAAUUGGUCCAGAAUUAAAACAUAUUUAUCUUGUUACAAAUUCUGGCCCAUCCCCAUUGGAAAGCUUUUGGGUUAAUUUAACAAUUCCUGUACAAACAAGAGAUGGUGAAUAUUUAGUUUAUCUAUUAGAUCGACUUAGAUAUCAAGCAGAAGAUGGUGGACCUCCACGUUUUGAAAAUAUAUCGCCAGAUGUUGUUAGCGCAGAAGGUCAUGUACGUGGAUUAUGUAUAACACCUGAAUGGGCAUUGAAUCCUUUACGUUUAAAUGCAGUUCAUCGUAAUCGUGUAGAAGAAUUCCCUAAAUCACGAUCGUUAAGUCGAAGUUUUCGAUCACAACUCUCCAUAACAAGAUAUCGACGUUCAGUGAAUAGGAAAAUGAAAAAUAAGGAAUUAUUUUACCUAAAUGAUAAACACAAUUUCAUUGACGAUAAUCAACCAAUUAAUUCAAAAGAUACAAUUAGAAAUGCUAGGUCAAUUUUACAUGGCGUAAGAAAACGUCAACAAGAAAUUAUCAAAUGUGGUGAAAAAGUUUCUGAUUUGGGAUACCCAGUCUGUGCAGUUAUAACAUGUCGUGUGAAUGGACUAUCACGUGGUGAUGCCGUACGUAUUGUUUUGCGAGGUUGGAUAUGGGCUGAUACAUUUUUUCGUUAUAAAAUAUCUGACUUUGCAAUUGUCAGUGAAGCGAAUGCUAAACUUGAAGAAACUGCUUUUGGUAUAAAAAUUGACAGUAAUUUAACUAUACAACCAUUAGCUAUAUCACAGAAUUUUGUAUUUGAAGGUAUUAAUGUAUCAUUAUUUCGUGAAAUUCCAUUAUGGCCAUUUAUACUUGGCAGUGUAUUAGGUUUAGCAUUAUUAGCAUUAUUAAUAUUUACAAUGUGGAAAUGUGGUUUCUUUCAUAGAAAACAAAUCUAUGAUGACCAAUUUCAACAAUAUCCACAUAAUAAUAACAAUAUUAAUAGUAAUGGAAACAGUAUUAAUCCAAUAUUUAUUGAACCGAGAAAAAUUUAA